GGCUAGGGGCCGCCGCCGAGGGCUCCGGAGCGGCGACGGGCGAGCCAUGGCGCUGGGGCUGCAGCGCGCAAGGUCGAGCACGGAGUUGCGCAAGGAGAAGUCCCGGGAUGCGGCCCGCAGCCGGCGCAGCCAGGAGACCGAGGUGCUGUACCAGCUGGCGCACACGCUGCCCUUCGCGCGCGGCGUCAGCGCGCACCUGGACAAGGCCUCCAUCAUGCGCCUGACCAUCAGCUACCUGCGCAUGCACCGCCUCUGCGCCGCAGGGGAGUGGAACCAGGCGGGAGCAGAGAGAGAGCCGCUGGACGCCUGCUACCUGAAGGCCCUGGAGGGCUUCGUCAUGGUGCUCACCGCCCAGGGGGACAUGGCUUACCUGUCAGAGAACGUCAGCAAACACCUGGGCCUCAGCCAGCUGGAGCUCAUUGGUCACAGCAUCUUUGACUUUGUCCACCCCUGCGACCAAGAGGAGCUGCAGGACGCCCUGACCCCCCCGCCGAGCCUGUCCAGGAAGAAGCCAGAGGCCCCGACGGAGCGGAGCUUCUCCUUGCGCAUGAAGAGCACCCUGACCAGCCGCGGGCGCACCCUCAACCUCAAGGCGGCCACCUGGAAGGUGCUGCACUGCUCCGGACACAUGCGGGCCUACAGGCCUCCUGCUCAGACUUCCCCGGCCGGGAGCCCCCGUGCGGAGCCUCCCCUGCAAUGCCUGGUGCUCAUCUGCGAAGCCAUCCCCCACCCCAGCAGCCUGGAGCCCCCGCUGGGCCGGGGGUCCUUCCUCAGCCGCCACAGCCUGGACAUGAAGUUCACUUACUGCGACGAGAGGAUCGCAGAGGUGGCCGGCUACAGCCCCGAUGACCUGAUUGGCUGCUCCGCCUACGAGUACAUCCACGCGCUGGACUCAGACGCUGUCAGCAAGAGCAUCCACACCUUGCUGAGUAAGGGCCAGGCAGUUACGGGGCAGUAUCGCUUCCUGGCCCGGAGCGGUGGCUACCUGUGGACCCAGACCCAGGCCACGGUGGUGUCCGGGGGCCGGGGCCCCCAGGCCGAGAGUAUCGUCUGCGUCCACUUCCUGAUCAGCAGGGUGGAAGAGACCGGAGUGGUGCUGUCCCUGGAGCAAACCGAGCGACACUCUCGACGACACCAUCAGCGGACCGCUGCCUCCCAGAAGGGGGGUCCUCACUCUGGGGACAGACUUGACCCCCGCGGCCCCCGGAUCCUGGCCUUCCUGCACCCCCCUGCCCUGAGCGAGGCUGCGCUGGCCGCUGACCCCCGCCGUUUCUGUAGCCCCGACCUCCGCCGCCUCCUGGCGCCCAUCCUGGAUGGGGCUUCGGUCGCCACUGCCCCCAGCACCCCGUCAGCCCCGCGGCGCCCCCGGAGUCCUCUUCCGGCUGAUCUCCCAGAUCAACUACUUGUGGGCAUGGAGAAGGCACACGGACCCUUUGUCACCAGGAAGGACCUGGAGGUAGUGGAGACAGAUCUAGAGGUAGCUCAGGAUGCCGAUGCCCUGGACCUGGAGAUGCUGGCCCCGUACAUCUCCAUGGACGACGACUUCCAGCUCAACUCCAGUGAGCAGCUGCCCAGGGCCUGCCACAGGCCGGCGGGGACCACCCCCCGGCCCCGCGCACGGAGCUUCCACGGCCUGUCCCCCCCGACCCCUGAGGCCUCUCUGCUGCCCCGCUGGGGGAGUGACCCCCGGCUGAGCUGCUGUAGCCCUUCCAGAAGGGACCCGCCAGCGUCCUCCCCUGCGGCUGGGGCUCGGAAGAGGGCCCUGGCCCCGAGCUCAGAGGCCGAGGCCGAGGGGGUGGAGCUGCUGGGAGUGAGACCCCCAAAACGGCCCCCCAACCAGGAACCCGGAAGCUUCCCGCUGCCUUCCCUCAGCCUGAGUUUCCUUCUGACACGAGGACCGGCCCCAGGGGGCCAGCAGGAGCCCAGCGCCCCCCUCCUGGGCCUGAGUGAGCCCCUGGGCCUGGGACCCUCGCUGCUCUCUCUCUACCCGGAGGACGCCGCCGCCGCCCAGCCUGGGAGCCCCUUCCAGCCAGUGGCCAGCUCGGCCCGCGCCCACUGAGCCAGCUCCGCGUCCCGCCCCCGGGAGAACCUCAGCCACACUCCAAGCCGGCAGCCAGCACACAGGAUGGGGACCCCCUCCUGAGCGGCCCCCGCCAGCCCUGGGCCUACCUCAGCCCCCACCCCUCUGCGUGCUCCCAAGCUGGGGGGCCGAGUGGGGUGAUCUCAGCUCAGUGACCUCUGUGGGAGGGGGUGCUCGGCCCCCUCCUCCUCUCUCAGGACUUCCCGAUCCGUGGUUACCUCACCACCCUCCCUCCGACUCUUGGCUUCAUUUUGGGGAUGCAGGGCUGGGGAGGGCUGGGGGUCAGAUCCGUGAUUUGAGUAUGGAUAACUGAAAUCACAUUUUUUUCCCUGUCCCUCUUUUAGUUUUGUUCUUCUUCUCUUUCUGAUGUGGUCUUGAAUCACUAGGAAUUGCCCAAGGUCCACAAGCAUGUGGCGCUCUGACCUUCCCCCUCCUCAGGUAUCAGUGGGGGAAGGCACUGGGCCAGACCUCACCCCCAGAGACUGCUGUUGAGGCCUCGGCCUUCCACGCUGGCCCCCCACUCAGGAGUUCCUGCUACCCCCAGCUUCACCAGGGCAGUGACUCCACUGUGGUCUUCCUAUUCCUGGGGUCGCCUCCACCCUCCUCUGGUUCCAGACCGUGCAACCUGACCACUGGUUCUAGGCUGCACAACGUUCUGCCUUCUCCUGGUUCCAGACCGCACAAUCCACAGCACGGCCUGGUCCAGACCUCACAGCCUUUCCCAUCCUGGGCCGCACACGCUCCGCACUCUGGAUCUACAGCCUGUGACCAGCCAUGCCCCCGGCUCUAGAACUCACUCUAGAACUCUGGUUUCCUCUUGCUCUGGAUUUCUCCUCGUAAAUCCCUCUGGUCCUCAGUCUCACACCCUCUAACCUCUUUUGGGCCCAGAUCUUACAACUAAUGACUUCCUCUGGUUCUGGACCGCACAACUCCAGGCUUCUCGUUGGUUCUAAUCUUCCCAGACUGUGAUGCGUGUGGUUCCAAAUCCAGACCUCCUAACUUCGAGUCGUCUUGGUUCCAAACAUCGCGAUGCCCAGUUGCUUCUUCGUUUCUACAUCAAGACUUUCUUCCCUACCACAAUGAAGUGGACUGAGCUUUAGGUCUUGGCCCUCCUGACCCGUUCUUCCAGAACCAGACCACGCCCCAGUUCUGUUCAGUUCUGGACUCUCAAUCCCACACCUCAUGAUCUGCCACCUGUCUGGUUCUAGACCCCAGCUGCUAACGCCUUCUGAUUCUAGACCUACGCUUUAAGUCCCUUCAGUUCUAGUCCUCACAGUGUCCACCUCCCCUCACUCCAGACCCACACCAGGUCUAGAACCAGCCUUCCAUCGUCUGAUCAAGGACCUUGCCUCACCCGUUUCUCUGCCUCUAGAGCUUACAACCCCAGACUCCUUCUGUUCUAGACUGGAUAAGUCCCAAUCCCUGUGGCUCCAGAACUUGGUCUGGGGGCUUCUUUCUAGCUCUGGUCCCUACUCUCUAAACUUCUCUGCCUCGCAGCCUGCAGCUGCCUCUGGUUUCAAACUUCACGUCCUGUGGUGCUAGAACCCAGCUCCCCAGUGCUUCUGGUCCUAGAGUCUGAACUUCACCCUGGACACGGCUGUGGGUCUCUUUGAACCCCUGCCUUCUGGAUCCCAGACCCCACCCUCCUGACUCCACUCUGGGCUUCUCACUCCGCUGAACUUGCCCCAAUUCCUACUCUGAGUCUUAAGUCUUCCCUUUCUGGACCCCCACCCUCCAGGGCCUCUGCCCAGGAGCUUCUCUGACGUCAAAUCCCUCACAUUGCCCUGGGAUGCCUUUGACUCUCAACCCCAGCCCUCCCCACACGCGCGCGCCUGGUUUAACCCAGAUGUCUGGAAGAACAGGGGCUUCCUUGCCGCCUUGGGUGGGGCUCAGAGUCCAGGAGAGGAGACGUCUCCGGCCACACAGGCACGUGCACAGCCCUUUCUGCAUGUCACGGGUAGGGAGAGGCCAGGACCACCCACCUCUCUGUCCCCUGACCCCCAGCCCCCUUCUCUGACGGUGCUGCUCUUGGCUUCCCACAGGAAACGCCUCCUCCCAGCUCUGUUCACCCCUUUUGUGGAAGGCGCCACUCAGUCUGUUCACUUUUAGGGGGUGGCCUGUCCAGAUUGGUGCUAAGGGGGGGGGUAGAGGGUCUGACUCCCCCCACUUCGUUGGGUGACUCAGGCCCCUGAUGAAGGGAACUGUGCUGAGUUAGGGAGGGGGAGGGACUGGAUCCACAAAUCUCUGAACCCACAGACCUCUAGACCACCAUAAAGACCUUGCCUUGGUGGGCACCAGAA